GACCGCCUGCAUCCAUCUUGCACUCGUAGUGUGCUCGGGUUUUUUGAAUCGACAUUCAUCGUUUCAUACUUCACAUUUGUGAGGACCAUCGUUUGAAGUUCUCCAGAACUCUGGUUACUUCAAGUUUCGCAGCAGACUCAUCGAGUUUCUGCUCGCUAAGCAUUGGUCGACUUCCCCGCAGGACUGGCGGUGCUCUGACCAGAAACGACAACAACUCCUGUCAUCCCGGAACUUGCGACAUUCAUUUAUAAGAAGACACCCCCCCAUGUUUGGAUGGCUUCCCUCACACCUCGCGCCUCAGGAUUGUGGACUAGCAACGGGAUGAACCAUUAUGAAGCAAUGGAUGACAGUGAAGACGUAGAAAGCUUGUUGCCCGGAGAAUUAGACCCGUUUGAUUCUAGAACACCCCUGGACAGAACCAUUGACCGUAUUGGAAUGGGAAGCUACCAGUGGACGCUACUGUCGCUAUGCGGGUUCGGAUGGUUGGCCGACAAUAUGUGGAUUCAAGCAGUCGCUAUAAUCCUGCCACGAGUGCAACGACACUUCCUAGUGAGCGACCAACAUAUUGGACUCUUGUCGUCAUCCAUGUUUGGUGGUAUGAUGUUUGGUGCUGUGGGUUGGGGAACAUGUUCUGAUCUGAUGGGUCGAACAACUGCUUUCAAUGCAACGCUAUUCCUGACGUCCCUAUUCGGCGUCUUGGCGUCGUUCGCAAACACCUUCCCUUUGUUAUGCUUAGCCCUGUUCUUCCUCGGUAGCGCUGUGGGAGGAUCGAUGCCGACGGACGGCACAUUGCUUCUAGAGCAUAUGCCGAACGGAAAGCAAUACCUUGUUACUGCACUUUCUGUUUUCUUUUCCUUCGGCGCAGUCCUUUCCGCAAUCGUGGGCUUGUUCGUGAUACCAGGCCAUUCAUGCCCUCCUUCUCCCGCCUUAUGUGAUAUAGCGACACAGAACAUGGGAUGGAAAUACCUUCUUAUCGCACUUGGCAUGAUAACCAUGUCCAUGUUCAUAGCACGCAUAGUCUUCUUCCGGCUUCAUGAGUCACCACGCUAUCUCGUACACGCCGGUCGUCCGGAAGAAGCCAUCGAGUCCUUACAGCUUAUCUCGAAGUUCAACGGAUCAGAACUUUCACUUGGAUUAGACGACGUAGCAGACCAUCACCCUGUCGUUACGUCCUCACCUGGACCGCUCGGUGAGGAAUUAGCCACACCAGAACCAAUUCGCGCAUCUCUUCUUUCCGGUCACAGUCACGAUGUUGAGUUCGAAAGUACUAUAUCAGUCGAUCACGAAGACGCUCCUACGAGGAUUCAAGUCCUGUUUGAGGCUGACCCUCCCCAUGACCAGCCUACCAACGGCACAGUUGUCGAUCGCCCACGCACGUUGGUUUCGCAGGCUAGCCGUGAUCUCCUUCGAGACUCUGUUGACAGGGAACAGAAGGAUUACAACUCUACUGGAAGUUCUAAUACCCCCUUCGAUGCGAGCCCUGUUCCAAUAGUACCUGAAGGUCGACACAACGUAAAUCUUACGCUCGCGGAAGAAUCACUCAUUGAGCAUAGCCGAAGACCACAUCCCACACGGGCUCGUAAUAGUAGACGAUACUCAACGUCGUCCUCUUUAUAUGAAAUCAAGUCAAAAGUAUACUGGAAGCUACCGCGAUGGUUCCGAAAACCACUUUGCGCGUGGAUAGACCGUAUCGCGAUGGUAUUAGCCCCUGAGUGGUUUAGGACAACAGUUCUCGUGUGGGCUGUGUGGUGUUCGAUGUCAUUAGCAUACACCAUGUUCAAUGUCUAUUUGCCGAAAUUACUUGAAGGUCGACCGGGGAUGGGAGACGAAGGCGUGCCGAAGAGCUUGAACGACAGCCUGUGGGAUGUCGUAAUCUAUUCUGUGGGAGGCUGUCCCGGUGCAAUCCUUGGAGCCUAUAUGGUAGAUUCUCGGUUAGGUCGCAGAUGGUCACUCGCCGGAAGCACCUUCGUGACUGCCUUUUUCUGUGUGCUAUUUGUGAUUGCGCAGAACCCGUGGGCUGUACGAGCAAGCACCGUUGGGAUAAGUCUGAGCGCGACCACGAUGUGGGCUGUGUUGUAUGGAUGGACUCCCGAGAUAUUCGGUACCAAAGUGCGAGGAACUGCUUGUGGGAUUGCAUCUGCCCUAUCCCGAAUAGGUGGCAUGAUUGCCCCGAUCCUCGGUGGCUCGUUGCUUAUGAUCAAUGUUUCAUUCCCCGUAUAUGCUAGUAUAGUGAUCUUCCUAAUCGCCGGUGUCUGUGUGUUGCUGCUGAAGGAGAACGAAGGUGACAAAGGAGAUACGAGGGCUUCUCUUAUGCAUUAAUAUGACUGUUGACGUUGCACGAUGCUAGACGUUUUGGUAGAGGACUGUAGAUGGGUACCCAUACUGUCAUGUAUUCCUGUAUCUCUAGCUCCUUCUGGUAUUUUUGCCGAUAUUUCUGGCAAUUUUUCUCUUGGGCGUU